CCUUUUGCUACCAGUCAAGAUACUAACACGUAGACACACAUACCGGCGGAAAGAAAAAUGAUCCUGCUGUCACUGGCAUGGACACUGUCGAUAGCAUCACUGUGGACAUCAGGUAAGACCACUAUGUUUCCCUCUUUGUCGUUUUGUCUAGCUUUGCGACGGUAGACUCAAUAUCAAGAGGUCAGUCAGAGGCCUGUUGAGACAGCUGUGUUAUUGUGUGCUAAAGCUUAACAUUGUUCUUUUGAUUUAAACGAUGUCUACAAUCAUCCAACUUGGUCUAAACUCCUUGUGCAGCAGAGGGAAAACUGUUUUUGAUAGUCCAAUAAAUGAAACGGGCUGUUUUCACUCCGUAACCUCUGGUUUAUUGUUGAAACUGCAGCGCUCAAACUUCCAUGAUAGCUACUGUAAAUUCAUAUCCCAGAAUUAUUUUAGGUAUUAUUGUGUUUCAGCUGGUGUAAGUUCUGAAAGCUUUCAAGCAAUUAAAAUGUAAUGUGCACAACUUGGAUUGAUAGCACAAUGUCGAUUGCAAAGGUAAUCAAAUACAAAUAAGCGCUAGCAGUAGAUCCAUAUCGAAGACAGUUUUCAAAUUAUAAUUAUAUCAGUGAUUUUCCUAUGGCAAAUAAAAUAAGUAGUAUUUGUAAUGUACAGCACUACAAUGGGCAAAAAUUAAAUGAUUUAGCAAGUUUUCGAGCAAAACACAAUGGAGAAAAAGUGUAUGCGAUUGGAAGAACAUAAUGAAUGUUUAAAACACCAUCGUAACCUUAAUCCUGAACUUGUCUUUCUCUGGAAGCCUUUUAGAGACCUCUUUAGAUAUUUUAUAAGUCUACUGACAGCGACUCUGAUUACUGCAUACCUACAUAGUUUUUACCUUGCGUAAAUGCUAAGAAAGGCACUCUCUAAAUGUCACCUCCACAGAGUUUCAACAUCUACUGGGUUUCUUCCAGUGGAUUUUAUUUCCAUUCUUGCAACAGCACUCUGUAUAUUUGGUGGUAUAGACAGGUAUAUGUCUUCUGCCCUGCUUGAGGCAUGUUUAUUCUUUACAACACAGGUGAUCAGUUGUGUGUCAAGGAAAAAUUACACAUGAAUUGAUUCUUAGCCCUUUUAUAAAGGUAAAGACCAGAUAAUGUACGAACCAUGCUGUAGAAAAUACAUUUUGCUUUUGAGUUUUACUUUUUACUCGUAAAAGAAUCUAGGUAAUGUAGAUGUCUUUUAAUGUUCUGCAUGUCUUUUUGUCAAAAACUCACAAAGUCCUUUUGUUUACAGUCCUAGGUUUUAGCCCGAUCCUGAAAGAAGAAAGUGUCAGUGUUCGUUAUCCUAAGUUACUCAGCAAUGAGACCAUUGACUGUAACUGCGCUAACAUCUCUUGUGACACGGUGUUCUGGUUCCGCACCAUCUCCCAUACUAAAGAAGUCCAGUUCAUUGGCAAGUGCAACAAUGCCAACCGUGAGACCCAUGGAGAUGGUGUCGAUAAGACAAAAUUCAAAUUAAGCAAGAACGGUGGGUUAUCUACGCUUCGCAUCCAUUCUGUGACCCAGGAGGACACAGGGAUUUAUUCUUGUGUUGUGAAGGACAGGAAAAACUCAGAGAUGUGGAGGCCUGGGUUUCAUCUUCUGCCUGGAGGUUUGUAUGCUCAGUAUUCAAAGGGUAACAUUAAUGCAGUGAAAUAUCAAAUGUUUAGUUCAACUGGCUGUGAGAGUCGCAUAGCGUUCUCCAAAUGCAUGUCACAGGUGGAGAAGAUCAUGCUGAUGGAAAGCAAAAUCAUUUAUUGUACCACAUUAAAUUAACUUUCUGACUACGUAACCUCUGACUGACUACUAUAUUACUUAGACAUCCCAAGUUUGAAUUCAUACAAUGUGGUUGAACAAUUACUUGUCCUUUCCUUUCAUACAGGGUGACUGCACUUUCUCUGCUAUUUUAAAUGUAAUUUUUUUAACAUAACCUUAAAAUGCACUUCUAUGCAAAAUAAAUAAAAAUCAUAGUUUAAAUGGGACAGUUAUCUCAUUUAAACAAAAAAUCUGUGCCAUUACAGUCCUCCUCAGGCAUCAAUUUUGAUCCAAAUCUUAAGCACUGGGUUUCUUGUAGUCCGUCUUUCUCAAGCGGUUUCUCCUGUCUAGUCCAACCACUCAUCAUAGACACUUUAAACAUUCCCUGUGGCACUUGUUGCUUCAAUAAGAAAUGGACUUUAAAACAGAUUUAUACAUAAUGUAAUACGCGACAAUUAUACCAGAAAAAUAUGUUUCAAAAAAAAACUUUCUGGUCGAGCCCUUUUAAGUGCUGCCUCUCUGGUGAUUUCACACCAAAGAUUAAAGAACAAAUUUAAAAAAGAGAGAUUAAAUUGUAUCUACAUAAUUUCAUCUUUUAAAUACCAUUCAUAUACAUUUAAAAACUCCUGUGAUAAUUUCAGUGUCUUUAAGUCAGAAAGUAAGGAUCCCAAUAUGAAAUGUCCACCGGCUUUCUGUGGCUGUGAUGAAGCUUCAAACAAAGAAAAUCAGCAUGCAUGAUGUGUUCUAAAAAAAAUCAAACAGGGUUAAAUUUGUUUUUUUGGUGGGGAAAAGAAUGUGUAGUAACUGUUCGAGUUGGUUAAUGCAAGUAAAACUCAUUUGAAUUCUUGUUUAACUGCAGUUUUCUAAUAUCUUGUUUUUACGAUUGGUCUUCAUUGGACAGUCAGCCCUCCAACUGUUCCUCCUGUGACAAAAAGCAAACCACGGGUCCCCUGUCGCUGCUCUGAGGAUAAUUCUCAGCAGGGUAAGUGGUUUUUCACAGAGAAAGAGAAGCACUUGUUAGCACAUGUUUUUUAUGGGGUGCAUAACUAGUGUUAUUAGUCAAUGAAUGGGGAUAUAAUCCAUGUGCCCUUUACUAAAUUGCAAAGAGAUAAAUGGAGCAGAGGGGGUAGCAUCGUCAAGACAGCACAGUUACCAUUUACUGACCAUGGUAGGAUUGGUCACCUGGCUCAAAUGAAAUGAGCUGAAAUAUAAUUUAAAAACACGCACUGAACGUUGAUUGUGUUUGUUUCAGAUGACUGCGGCUCCCUGAUUCUGUGGCCAUUAGUUGGCAUUAUCUCGACCUUGGCUCUGACCCUUUUCUGCAUGCUUUACUACUUCAGCCGUGAGUGGUCCACCAGUUUAAUAUUGUGGGGAAAAAACACACUGGUGUCAAGUGAUUCAACCAGUUAAGCUCACAAAUUUUGCAAUGCGCAAAAUGUACAUUUAAAUGUACGUUUAAAUUUUGUGUUUCACUCUUGCUUGUAGGGCUACCCAAAAAAUGUAAACACCACUUUGUGAAGUAAGUAUAUUACUGAAAAAUCCUCUUCCCUUUUUGACUUGCUGUAGUUUACUGAUACUCCAACUUGUUUCUUUUAAUACUUAAAGGAAGCGGUAAAAAACAACAACAAAUGAACUGCAUGCCUGUCUUACAGCUGACUGAGGUACGUACCUUAGUGGUGCAUUUUUAUUUACUCAUGUAUACAUGAAUAUUCUAUCUACCAUUAAAUAUUUUCAUGUAAAAAUAGAUUAAUUAAAUGUGUUAAAUCCAAAACCUUGUCUUGGUGUUCUGCAGGGGUUGAAGAGUUUCUCUUGAGUCAUCAUCCUGUGGAGCAUGAAAUCAUGGCAUGGCGCCUGUAACGUGUGAUGUUUAUUUAUAGUGAAAUGUGCUAUCAUCCAGAGAGGAGAUCAAUGAUUUCAGCCUCAGCAACUAUCGUGUUGUAAUAUUUUGACCUUUUUUAUGUUCAUCUCAAGACUUCCUCUGAGCUCUAUUAACUUCUUUCUUGACUAUGUACUUCAACUUACCAUCUUUUGACAUUCGUUGAUUAUCUUCAUGCAGGUGACAAUAUCAUUAAUCAGAUUUUUUUUGUUUUCUCACAUAACUGCAGGUCUUCGACUUUUAGCUCUGACCUUCAGGGUACCGAGAGAUUAGGAUGAAGAUAGUUAGUCUUAUCAUGUGUUCAUUACAUGAAUAAAACUGUUUUUUUUUUUUCCCAUUUAAGUGUUGCAUUUUUUGUAUUAUUCGUAGUUGUAUUUUCAAGUAAAACCUGGAAAUAAAUCAAUGUUUAUGUAUUCAAGUGAAGUUAUGACGUACACAGUUUAAGUUCCCAUCUUCAAAAGUUGUAGCAUGUUGUAACUCUAACAGGUUUGUGAAUAUGUAUAUGUAAGAAGAAGAGAGGUUUGGGAGUGGGUGUUGUACAUCCAUUGCCAAUAUUGUGCUUUGCGGAAGUUGUGUAGGUGAGAGGCAGAGUUUUGUGUCUUCCAUUACCUUUUGAUGUGUAACCUUGCAUCACAUUCAGUUUCUGUUCCGAAGCUUCCUUGUAAAGUACCAGAAAUCUUAACUGUUUUGCAUUCAAAUUAAAGUGUCUUUCACAGAUA